AUGAACAAAAAGGAAUUUUGUGUCCAGAUCGUCCAGAGUCUGGAGAAUGUGUGGAAUGAAAACAUUUUAUUUGACUUUGCUGUGAAAGUUCAAGAUGAAACCAUCCAAUGUCAUCGUCUCAUCCUAGCGGCGUGUUCAGAAUUUUUCAAAGCGCUGUUCAGGUCUGGAAUGAAAGAAGUCACAGAAAACUGUGUUGUGCUAAAAGAUGUUUCAUGUGAAGUUUUCCGCUUAAUCAUCAAUACUAUGUACACAGGAACAAGUCUGUUAACCUUAGACAAUUUUAUUGAAGUGUGGCAAGCGGCACAUAUGCUACAAGUUAAAGUUAUGGUUAAUGUUUGUGAGGAGUUUGCUAUCAGAUCAUGUUCAUUGGACACCUGGGAAAACAUUUAUCUACAUGCAAAGGUUUUGGGUUCAGUAAAAGUGCUAGAUAAGAUCCAUACAUUCAUGUUGAAAAACUUUGAACAAAUUAGACAUUCAACAACAUUUUUUCAACUUUCUUUCAAGGAAACGCAUGAUUUGAUUAAAAGCCAAGAUCUCGUUGUCAGCAAAGAAGAUUUAGUUCUUGAAUCUGUGAUACAGUGGGUUGAAUAUGGUGACGGAAAUCAGCUAAAUCAGAAUUCAAAUGAGGACCAUACAAUCAGCGGUAACAAGGUAAAGUCUAAUAUCAGUUUACCCAGUGAUGAAGCAAAGGAAAUUAAAGAAAGUGAGGAUGGACUUCAUCGUAAUAAUUGCUUACAAAAUUCUAAUAAGACGAUAGGUAGAGCAAUGCAUGAAGUACACACUGCUUAUUCAAUUGGUCAUGUAAAAUCUUCUAGAAAAGAUAAAUUUAGAGAACUGUUAAUGCAAGUCAGAACAUGCCUGGUUAGUCAUGCUGCCUUCUAUCGAGUUCUUAAGUUGAGACUGUUUUCUGAAAUGGAACAUUCGAGAGAAUUGAUUCUGGACGCCAUGUCUAAUCAUGUCCAAGAGUUUAGACACGGUCAGUGGUCUUCAGCGGCUAUACACAGAUCUUGUAGUGAGUACACAAAUGCUGGAAUUUAUGCUUAUGGUAGUAAUGGGAUAUUCGAAAUAAUAAUCGCUGACAAAGAGCAACAGUUUAAUAUUGCACAAUGUAAAUAUUUGAAAGAGAACAUUCAACUCGUCACUUUUGAUGGUGAACUUUAUGCUACAGGUAAAGAAGUGGGGAACACUCCAUAUCGAAUGUUUGUCUUCUGUGGAAAAAGCUGGAAGGAAGUCAUAGAAUUGCCAAGUCCCAAUUUGUUAUUGGUUUCACACGGAGACUUUAUCUACAUCAUAAACAAAGACGAUAAAGUUUUAUAUAGCGUGGAUCCUAAAAAGAGGGAACCAAAUUUAGAAAAAUUACAGAUUUUCCUUCAAAUGAUGUUGAAGUAA